CCUGCUGCAGGUGUGAUGGACAGGUAGCAGAAGAUUUCACUUUUGAUAUCAGGGAAUCAGAAUGACUGAGUGCUUCCUGCCUCCAACUAGCAGCCCCAGUGAACACCGUCGGGUAGAACACAGUGGGGGUCUUGCUCGUACUCCCAGCUCCGAAGAAAUCAGUCCCACAAAAUUCCCUGGAUUGUACCGCACCGGUGAGCCUUCACCACCUCAUGACAGCUUGCAUGAGCCUCCAGAUAUAGUAUCUGAUGAUGAAAAGGAGCAUGGGAAGAAGAAAGGAAAAUUUAAGAAGAAAGAAAAAAGAACGGAAGGUUAUGCUGCAUUUCAAGAGGACAGUUCCGGUGAUGAAGCUGAAAGUCCAUCAAAGUUGAAGCGGUCCAAGGGAAUACAUGUCUUCAAGAAACCCAGCUUUUCAAAAAAAAAGGAAAAGGAUUUUAAAAUAAAAGAGAAACCCAAAGAUGAAAAACAUAAGGAAGACAAACAUAAGGAAGAUAAACAUAAGGAGAAGAAGUCAAAAGACUUAACUGCAGCAGAUGUUGUAAAACAGUGGAAAGAGAAGAAGAAAAAGAAAAAGCCAAUUCAGGAGACAGAGAUACCUCAAGUGGAUGUUCCAAGUCAUAGACCCGUGUUUGGCAUUCCUUUGUCUGAUGCGGUAGACAGGACCAUGAUGUAUGAUGGCAUCCGCCUGCCAGCAGUUUUCCGUGAAUGUAUAGAUUAUGUAGAGAAGUACGGCAUGAAAUGUGAAGGCAUCUACAGAGUUUCAGGAAUAAAAUCAAAAGUUGAUGAGCUAAAAGCAGCCUAUGAUCGGGAAGAAUCUCCCAACCUGGAAGAAUACGAGCCCAAUACAGUAGCCAGCUUGCUGAAACAGUACCUACGAGAACUGCCUGAAAAUUUGCUUACCAAAGAGCUAAUGCCCCGCUUUGAAGAUGCUUGUGGAAAGAGCACAGAAGCUGAGAAAGUUCAGGAGUGCCAGAGGUUGCUGAAAGAGCUGCCAGAGUGUAACCAUCUCCUAAUUUCUUGGCUAAUUGUGCAUAUGGACCAUGUUAUUGCAAAGGAACUGGAAACAAAAAUGAACAUCCAGAAUAUUUCUAUAGUGCUCAGCCCUACUGUCCAGAUCAGCAACCGUGUCCUGUAUGUAUUUUUUACUCAUGUUCAAGAGUUCUUUGGGAAUGUGACCUUAAAACAAGUGACAAAACCUCUUCGCUGGUCAAAUAUGGCAACAAUGCCAGCACUUCCAGAAACACAAGAAAGCAUCAAAGAAGAAAUCAGGCGACAGGAGUUUCUACUGAACUGUUUACACAGAGACUUGCAGGCAGGGAUAAAAGACUUAUCCAAAGAAGAAAGACUCUGGGAGGUACAAAGAAUUUUAACAGCUCUUAAGAGGAAACUAAGAGAAGCUAAGAGACAGGAGUGUGAAACAAAGAUUGCACAAGAAAUUGCUAGCCUUUCAAAGGAGGAUGUCUCCAAAGAAGAAAUGAAUGAGAAUGAAGAAGUUAUAAAUAUUCUGCUUGCACAGGAAAACGAGAUUUUAACAGAACAAGAAGAACUGCUGGCCAUGGAGCAGUUUCUGCGGAGACAGAUUGCCUCGGAGAAGGAAGAAAUAGAUCGCCUUCGAGCAGAAAUAGCUGAAAUACAAAGUCGCCAGCAGCAUGGCCGAAGUGAAACUGAGGAAUAUUCUUCUGAGAGUGAAAGUGAGAGUGAAGAUGAGGAGGAACUGCAGGUCAUCCUGGAAGAUUUGCAGAGACAGAACGAGGAACUGGAGAUAAAGAACAAUCACCUGAACCAAGCGAUUCAUGAGGAGCGAGAGGCCAUCAUAGAGCUGCGAGUACAGCUUCGACUACUGCAGCGAGCUAAAUCGGAGCAGCAGGUGCAGGAAGAAGAGGAGCCAGAAAAACGCACGGGUGUUUCUCAGCAGCAAAGAGACACUGUCCUGGAGACAAAAGCAGCCAAAGAGCAGCCAAAAGCAAGCAAGGAGCAGCAAGUCAAGCCAUCGCCAAGUAAAGACAGGAAAGAAACUCCAAUUUGAUCCAGCUCCUUGGAUAUGCAUAAAAUCAACUGAACUGUGCAAAUUACUGUAAUUUGAGUAAAACUGCACAAGUUAUUGCUGGCUGUGUACAUUCUGUAAAGAAACUUUUCUUUUAAGCCCUGGAGACUUUUGUCUCUAAUACUUGUGGCUUCUACUCAUCAGAUUCAGGUGAGUUUGGAGAAGCCAGAAGAGUUUUCCAGUUAGUAUCAGAUUAUUUCAAUACUGGUUUUCUUCAGGUGAUUUAAAAUAAUUCAGCAAGUUUUAUGUUAAACCAAAAUCAUUAUUUACAUUCAU